AUGGGUAGAGAAGAACAGACUGAGGAGCGCGAGGUCCUCGACUCCAUCUUCCCCGACGAAAUCACCGACAUCUCAGAGACAGAAUACCGUGUGUCGAUAGAGCUCGAAGUGACUGAAGAAGAUGGAUCAACAGAGAUGCCUCCCACUAUCAUCCUCUCCGUCGCAUACCCAGAAGACUACCCAGAUGUAGCUCCGCGACUAGACCUUUCUGCACCACCAAACGCACCAAAGCACAAACACCUCGACAUCCAAGAAGACAAAGCCCGCCUCUUGGAUGGUCUGACCGCAACAAUCGAAGAAAACCUCGGCAUGGCCAUGGUCUUCACCCUCGUCACAACCCUAAAAGACGAGGCAGAACUCCUCAUCUCAGAGCGACAACAAGCCGUGCAAGCAGAAAAGGACAUGGAAGCCGCGGAAGCAGAAGCAGAAGAAAACAGGAAAUUUGAGGGCACAAAGGUGACGAGAGAAACAUAUCUGGAGUGGAGUAAUAGGUUCAAGGAGGAGAUGGCCGAGAUUAAGAGAAAGGCGGAAGAGCAAAGGGAGGCGGAGGAAAAGAAGAAAAAGGGUGCCAAGGAAGAGAAGAAGAUGACGGGUAGAGAGCUUUGGGAGAGUGGUAUUGCGACUAGAGCCUUUGUCGACGAGGACGACGAUGGUGCCGACGCGCUGGAAGCUUUGAAAAAGCUCAAGGUCGAGGCUUGA